AGGAUGUCGGCAUAGCCUCAGUACAGCAGAAGAGAAGUUAUGGCGGGAGCUUCACUGUCAUCACUGCAUUUGAAGAGCGCCGCUAUCAGAAUCAGGACAAGUACUACAAUUGUUAAUGUGGCCAGUGCUACGGAGACCCAAACCAGUACUCGGGUCCAACUCCCCCAGAAGACCCGGAAUUCCAGGGUGUUAGUGCUCGGUGGAACCGGUCGGGUCGGAGGAUCCACUUCUAUUGCCCUCUCCAACCUCUGCCCCGACCUCCAAAUUAUCGUUGCCGGCCGGAACAGGGAGAAAGGCGCUGAAAUGCUGACUACUCUUGGGGCGAACUCGGAGUUCUGUGAAGUCGAUAUUAACAAUGAAAAAUCAUUGGAAGCAGCUCUGGAAGAUGCGGAUCUUGUAGUUCAUGCUGCUGGCCCAUUCCAACAGGCAGAGAAGUGCACUGUAUUGGAAGCUGCCUUAAAGACCAAGACAGCCUAUGUUGAUGUUUGUGAUGAUACAGCCUAUGCAUUCCGUGCAAAAUCUUUCCACGAUAGAGCAGUUGCAGCUAAUGUUCCAGCCAUAACAACUGGUGGAAUAUAUCCAGGAGUGAGCAAUGUGAUGGCUGCAGAACUAGUUCGUGUCGCAAGAAGUGAAAACAAAGGAAAACCAGAAAGGCUAAGGUUCUUCUACUACACAGCAGGUACUGGUGGGGCUGGUCCAACCAUCUUAGCUACUAGUUUUUUGCUUCUUGGAGAGGAGGUUGUUGCAUUUAAUAAAGGAGAAAAGAUCAAACUAAGGCCAUAUAGUGGAAUGCUGAAGAUUGACUUUGGAAAAGGCAUUGGAAAGAAAGAUGUUUAUCUAUUGAAUUUGCCAGAGGUAAGAAGUACUCACGAGGUCCUAGGAGUACCUACUGUCAGUGCCCGGUUUGGAACUGCCCCCUUCUUUUGGAAUUGGGCAAUGGAAGCCAUGACUAUUCUUCCUGCAGAGUUGUUGAGAGACAGAAGCAAAGUCCAACAGAUGGUUCAAAUGUUUGACCCUGUAGUCAGAGCAGUUGAUGAGAUUGCUGGAGAGCGUGUAUCAAUGCGGGUUGAUUUGGACUGUUCUGGCGGCCGCAAUACAGUAAGUGUAUUCAGUCACAAGAGGCUUUCUGUAUCAGUUGGAACUGCAACAUCUGCAUUUGUUCUGGCAGUUCUUGAGGGAAGCACAAAGCCUGGAGUUUGGUUUCCAGAAGAGGCUGAAGGGAUUGCAAUUGAGGCAAGGGAAGUCCUUCUCAAACGUGCUGCACAAGGCACAAUAAAUUUUGUUAUGAACAAGCCUGCAUGGAUGGUGGAGACAAAUCCGAAAGAGUUAGGGCUGGGAAUAUACGUCUGAUACUCAAACAGUAGUCACAGUGUGAGUCACACUAGAAGUUCUUCUUCAGCUUGUCCACCCUGUUGCAGAGUUAAUUGUCGUUUCAGGUGGCAGAAAGUUUCACCUUUGUUGCAGUUGCAUACUUAUCGCAUUUUCCGGUUCCAAGAUUCACAGAUAGUAGGCGUUUUCAGAAGUCAGAAACAUGUGCUAUGUCAUUACUUUGAACAAACUCUGGAGACGGACAAUAGUGAUUUGCGCACUAUAUAUAUGGUAGUCUGUAGACUAGGAAACAAAGGGAAUGUAAGAUUUACAAUGCCUGUGGGAGUGACAUGGAUCUAGAUUUCUCAUUCUUUUCA